AGCUCCCUUUCAAGUGCAGGCAGUAAGAAGUCUUCCCGGAGCUUGUGACUCGCCGUGGCGUGCCCCGCUCCAUGUUCUCCGUUCUGGAUACACGAGACCGUUGCAACGCAUUCUGAAUCCCGGCCUUGGACAGCCAACCGGUGCGACCCGUUGUCUUAGGGCCCGACACAGCGUCCGUUUCUGCGCUCUCCUCCACUUGAGCCUCCUGAUCGGCAUCUUCUGUCGCCUCUUUGUUCACCUCCAAUCGGAACUAUCCUCCAGCCGGCCGACUCUUGCAGCCCCGCCAACCGCAGCCAGCCACAGAGGCUGCCAGGCCUCGACUACACGACUCCUCUCCACGUCGUCCCGGCACGAGGCAACAGUCGAGUCCGCCGUCCACGUUUCUCCACUGUUUGCUCGUGGCUGUUUAGCAAACGGGUCGGUAAUCGAGUCCGACUCGACGUAUGCAAGGCAGACGAGGAAGUCAACCGUCUGGCCAACCUGUCCGGCUCGGAACGAUCGGAUCCAAGAUGGUGAUUGCAGACGUACUCAAAUUGAGGGUGAGAGAACGACUAUUCGCGGAGAGAGCAUCAUGUCAUUGAGGGCCCAGCCGAUUGUUGACUCGGCAGAAAGUGUCUCCAAUACGUCGAGUAGUCAUGGCAUACCGGCCGGUGGCAGUCGGACCAACUAUCAGUCACUACAGCAAAGAGAAACAUCCGCUAGCAGAAAUCGAUGCAACCACGGAGACUUCAAGAAGCCAGAAAUCAAGACGGGCAAUCUAUUUAGUCCAUUCUUCAGUCUACUUCCGGCCGUCGAGGCUCCAGAUCCUGAUGCAAUCUGCCCCCCGGAGCAUCCGUUGAGCUGUAUUGAGUGCAGAUCAGACAAGCACCGGUUCUGUGAUGAUCCCUUCAAUGCGACCGCUUUGAAACAUCGGCUUGUGGGCACUGUUGAAUGCCUCGGCUUCUGUGUCAAAUGGAUCCGCAGGCCAUUGAACGCACCAGGCAAGCUGUAG